UUAACGACCUUGUGUCACACAUUGAUAUCCAGAGCUCAAUAAUUUUCCACAAGACAAAGUUCAAAGUUCAAAGCAAAGAGUAUGGAGGGUUUGAUUCCUUAUCUUCUCCACGCCAUCAAGAAGCAAAGGCCUCAGCACAAGUUUAGGUCAUUUUCCGGGACCGGGAGCAACUCCAACCGGAGCUACCAUCUCCUCACCGGUGGCAAUGACUCCUUAGAGGGGUCAUCUCACCGCCGGACGCGAUCUGAGUUCCCAGCUCCUGCCACUGCUGACUUGUUCGAGCAGCGAUCGGAGCUUCAAUUUGCUUAUUCACGAAGCUACAAGGAAGAAAGUGUUGUUUCUGCAGCUGCGGCUUCCUUGCCUGGAGGAUCAAAGAAGGGUUUCUAUCCUUACCAAGCAGCUAGCAGGAAGUACAAGUGAAUUAUGAGAUCCCAAAAUUUCAUUGAUUUUUUUUUUGUGUUUUGGUUUUAGGCAGGAAGAAUGAGUUCAAAGGUGGAGCUUCAUCAUGAUCGAUGAUGGGGUUGCCACUAGAAGUUCAUUUCUUGUCGAAGUUGUAUUGUAGCAUAUGAUAUGUUUUUGUUUUGUAAUGUCGGUGGAUUCGAACCUUUGAAUGUAAUUAAACAAUAAUAAUCAAUUGUAGAUUAUGAUCUGGAUUGUCUAUA